CUAACAAGCGUCACUGACACAACUAUCUUCUCCCUUUCAUAUCCAUCAACUAAAACUCGUGGACUGAGUUAAUUAAUUAAGAAACCACUUACUUAUGGGUUCAAUUUCCCGUAGGGCGUGUGUGUUUAUCUUUGUAUUCGCUCUUGUCGCCGAAUUUGCCUUCGGACAUGUCGAGGUUAAGGACGACAAACACUUGUUUCACAAACCUCGUCCAUUCUUCCACAAGAAGGGUUUUAGAAAGGGUUUGGGAGGCGGAGGCGGUCUAGGUGGUGGUGGAGGUUUAGGUGGCGGUGGCGGCUUGGGCGGAGGAGGCGGUCUAGGCCAUGGUGGCGGUUUAGGUGGAGGUGGCGGUCUAGGAGGUGGUGGUGGUUUGGGCGGAGGUGGUGGUCUAGGAGGCGGUGGCGGUGGUGGUUUGGGAGGAGGAGCUGGAGGAGGAUACGGUGGUGGUGCGGGAGGAGGACUUGGGGGCGGUGGCGGCGCUGGAGGAGGAGGAGGAUUUGGUGGCGGAGGGGGAUAUGGUGGCGGCGGAGGUUUGGGCGGUGGAGCGGGUGGUGGUGGAGGAUUUGGAGGUGGUUAUGGUGGCGGUGGCCAUCACUGAUGAGUGAUGAGGCUCAUGCUCAUGCAAUCGUACGUUGUUAUUAUUUUAUUUAAUGAAACAUGAUAAUUAAUUAUUACAAUAAAAAUGAUACAUUAGCAAUUGUGUACGUCUUUUCUAUUAAUUUUGAGCUGUAUUGUAAUGCUAUUUUGAUGUUAUGUUUCGGUUGGUUUCAAGUUUCAACUUUCAAGUUUGGUUAAUAAAAUGGUUGCUUUGCUUUUUGGCAACAGUU